AUGCAACGAACUAAUACAUCUGCGCCAACUACAACGAUAAACAUCGAUGAUAUCAUUGCAGUUCUUCGUAGUGCUACACAAAAUCAAUAUAAUGCUCGAGAACUUCAUAUAGUGAAUGCAACUAUUGAAUUGAAUGUAACUAGUCUAUUCGGGCAAGAUUAUGAUUAUCAGUUAAUUUCCAAUGCCAGCGGUGAAUUAUCCUUAUAUUAUCCCCGACGCAUUCUGUUACCUACAGUCAAUAAAUGGUCAACUAUGACGACAUCCAAACUUCAAUCAACAGUCGAUAUUCGUGAUUUAUUUGUUCGAUCUCGUAUUGCUCGAUGUCGUUCACGUUUUGUGACACCUGUCAUAUUAAUUGAUGGAAAAUAUAUUUGUCGAUCGUCAACAGUUGCAUCAUGGGGUGAAGUAUAUUCUCGCUCUGGUGUUGAUCGUUUCUUAGAUUCGGGAAAUCGAACAGCAAAUUCAUCGCUAGUUGACACUUCAAUGAAUCCAACUGCUGUUGCCAAUGAACUUGAUGGGCCACCAAGUAUGGCGAUUGUCGGUGCAGCAGCGGCUGCUGCCGCAUCAUCAUCAUCAUCAUCGAAUGUCGAAGUACCUCAGCAACAAAAUAUUUUUGAUAAACUUCGUGGUGCUGAUAUUGAUCUAUUAAAAGUGCUUGACGUUAGUUCUAUUGUUAAUUUAAUGGUUGAAAAAAAGAAAAUAAUGUUUGGUGUUAGUGUAACAUCAUCCGAAAAUUCAGAUAAAGAAAAUCGUUAUCGUGAUUUUCAAUUAUUGAUUCUUCCAUAUCCAGGCUGUGAACAUUUUCGUGAUUUUUCAACGCAGAAAUACAAUGGUGAAUUAAUGUAUUAUGAUUGGUCACUAUCGAUAAAUGAUUCAUCCUUUCAAGUGCCUGAAUAUCUUUCAUCUCUAGUGCCAAGAGAUUGGUCAUCUUGGAAAACAUGGAAUUCAAUAGAACUUACGAAAAAUUAUUUUCAAUUAAUUAUUCGUCAUCUCGAACGAGAUGAUCAUGGACUCCUUAUACACUGUAUAUCAGGUUGGGAUCGUACGCCAUUGUUUAUUAGUAUUUUACGUUUAUCAUUAUGGGCGGAUGGAUGGAUUCAUCAAACAUUGAGUGUUGAAGAAAUUCUUUAUUUAACUUUAGCUUAUGAUUGGUAUUUAUUUGGGCACUGUUUACCAGAAAGAUUACUUCGUGGUGAAGAAAUUCUCUAUUUUGCUUUUAUGAUUCUUCCAAAUUUGACUUCAGAUGAAUUUAGUUAUAGAAAAACGAAUAAUUCUUCAAUUUUACCACCAACCAUUGAAUCAGAUCGAACCGAACCUAUUUAUUCUAUAAGUGCAAUAACUGCAUUGGAAAAAUCAAAUUCUCCUGUGCUGAAUAGUGUAACUGAAGAUGCAACUGUAAGCUUUACUCAAAAUUCAGAUGAAAUAACAUUUAAUCAAAAUGUUGACUCAAAUGUUAUUGAAAAAAGUGAAACUACACAUUUAACACAACCCGUAACUCGUAAAGACAAAUUAGAAGCUGUUUCUCAUCUAUUUCAAUUAUGUUAUCGAACUGUGAUACCAAAUCAACCGCCAACAGUUAACUCCAACGCAAACUUAAUACCGGACAGUUUGAGCUCAUUCAAUCCUAGACCGAUUGGCCGUGAAAUUGCUCGUUCAAUUAAUAACUUCUUCGGUCAAUGGCUUACUCAACCUCGCUGA